AUGGUUAUCGGGGAGCCAAAAAAUCCAAGGUGCUUCAAAAACAUUUCCAUGUUUCCAAGCAAAUAUACAAUCAAUGCCAAGGCAUGGAUGACGAGUGAGAUAUUUUUACGUUUUCUCAGAGAAUUUGAAGCCAAAAUGGGGAUUGCUGCAAGAAAAGUGCUGCUGUUUGUGGAUAGAUGUGUGGCACAUCCACCAGACGUAUCCUUUCUGAGAAAUGUGAAAGUAAUUUUCCUGCCACCCAACUGCACCAGCCACCUGCAACCUUCGGACUUGGGAAUAAUACAUGCCCUUAAGGUUAAAUGUAGGACAGCCCUUGCCUUGAAUUUGAUGGACCAAAGCAAACCAGGAAGCCAGCAGAGCUCACAACUGAAUCUGAAUAUUUUACAGGCAAUGAAUUUAAUUAUGUACUUGUGGAGGGAAGUCAGUGCUGAAACUAUUAAAAACUGUUUCACAAAAGCGGAUUCUGUGAAAAUGAGAUGGCAGCUCCUGUAG